AUGUCUGGUGUGCCAGAAGGUGAAGGCACCAAGACAAAAGCCAGAGGGUUGUUACAACCCUUGGGUGUGCCAGAGUGGAAGUGGAAGAAUGUAUCUAUGGACUUCAUUUCUGGACUACCUAGGACCCUGAAGAGUUAUACAGUGAUAUGGGUUGUUGUUGACAGACUCACGAAGUCAGCACACUUCAUUCCAGGGAAGUCCACUUAUACUGCCAAUAGAGCGUUUGAAUUAGAUUCUGGAGGAUAUGUUGCGAGCUUGUGUGUUGGAGUUCUUAGGGAGUUGGGACUCCCACUUGAACUUGAUGGAAGAAUGUUAGGCCUUGAACUAGUUCAGCCCACCAACGAAGCCACACAGAAAAUUAGAGCUCGCAUAUUGACAACACAGAGCAGACAGAGGAACUAUGCUGAUGAACGACGUAGGGAUCUUGAGUUUGACGUAGGAGACAUGAUUUUUCUGAAGGUAGCACCUAUAAAGGGUGUUCUAAGAUUCGAGAAGAAAGGGAAGUUGAGUCCACGUUUUGUAGGGUCGUUUGAGAUUCUUGAAAGGAUUGGCCCUGUAGCUUAUCAUUUGGCCUUGCCUCCGCAAUUAUCUGCAGUUCAUGAUGUGUUUCAUGUCUCCAUGCUGAGGAAGUAUGUGGCAGAUCCCUCACAUAUAGUCGACUACAAACCGUUGCAAAUUAACGACAACUUAAGCUAUGAGGAGCGGCCAGUUGAGAUUUUGGCUAAGGAAGUUAAACUGCUUUGUAACAGAGGAAUUACAUUGGUCAAGGUUUUGUGGCGAAACCACGAGGUUGAGGAAGCUACUUGA